GCAUUAACUGGACAACGUUGGACAGGUCGCACAGCCGGGUGCCCCAUGCUUGAUUAAACUCACGACGGCCAGAAGCGCGGAGGGCUUCAUCCCAACUUUCUUUCAUUCUUGUGUUAUUCACGUCCGCCAAUUUCUUCGUCACGCCGGCUUGUCUUUUUUUUUUUUUUUGACUCUCGCCGGUCCUUUUUUUUCGUUCUACCCUUUCUCAACUGUCGCUUCGAUUCUCUUGCCACCGUGUUGAACAUGAUUUGCAAUCUCCUCUUUUCUUUGGUUCUGGUGUCGCUGGCGAGCGCAAGAGUGCAGUUCUUGGGAGUGAGCAUUGCGGGAGGAGACUUUGGAUGCGAGAUUGAUGGAUCCUGCCCUACUGGCUCAACUCAGCUUCCUCUGAGCAGUCUGGGUGGGGGCGAUGGGGAAGGCCAGAUGAAACAUUUUGUCCAGGAUGACAACAUGAACAUGUUCCGCCUGCCCAUAUCAUGGCAGUUCCUGGUCAACAACAAGCUUGGCGCCGACCUCGACGCCGGCAACAUGGGCAAGUACGACCAGCUCGUGCAGGCCUGCCUCGCCACAGGCGCGCACUGCAUGAUCGACAUCCACAACUUCGCCCGCUGGGACGGCAGCAUCAUCGGGCAAGGCGGCCCGACAGACGAGCAAUUCGCCCGCCUCUGGUCGCAGCUGGCGACGCGGUACGCCUCCUCGGACCGCGUCGUCUUCGAGCUGAUGAACGAGCCGCACGACCUCGACGUGGCCAUCUGGGCCCGCACCUGCCAGGCCGCCGUGACGGCGAUCCGCGCCGCCGGCGCCACCGCCCAGAUGAUCCUCCUGCCUGGCAGCAACUUCGACAGCGCCGCGACGCUGACCGACCCGGUCGAGGGCGGCGCCGCGGCGCUGAUGGCCGUCACGAACCCGGACGGCGGCACCGACGGCCUGCUGCUCGACAUCCACAAGUACCUGGACGUCGACAACUCGGGCACCCACGCCGAGUGCGUCACCGACAACGUGGCCGCGCUCGCAGGCGUCGCCGACUUCCUGCGCCGGGCGGGCCGCAAGGGCCUGGUGAGCGAGACGGGGGCGUCGUCGGACGCGACGUGCGUCAAGGCGUUCUGCGCGCAGAACGCCUUCGUCAACGCCAACUCGGACGUCUUCGUCGGGCUCGUGGCCUGGGCGGCGGGGGGGUUUGACGGCUCGUACCUGCUCAGCCUGACGCCGAGCAGGGGCCAGGGCGGCGGGUUCGUCGACAACCAGCUGGCGGCACAGUGCGUGGUCAAGACGUGGCUGGACUCGAACGAGACGGUGUCGGUGCCGGUGCCAGUGCCGACGGCGACGACGGCGAGGGGGACGGGGACGAAGACGGGAACGAGGACGGCGACGGGGACGAGGAGGGUGACUAUGACGGAGGCGCCGACGGGCUCGACGGUCAUGAUUGUUACCAUGACAGGUACGGCGCUGAACGACGAGCCCACCACGCUGUUGAUGGAUCCGGGUGCUCCGACUUUGCCCCUGGACUCAUCACCACCGGCUCCAGGGCUGACGACUUCAAUAGGGACUGGUGCAUCGCCAAGUGAAACGGUGGUAGCAAACUGGGUAGGGCGCAUGCAGGUGCCGGGGGCAUUGUUGGUGUUUGUUUUACUAGGCAUGGCUGCUUUGGCCUAGGAGUUGUCAGUGAGACGAAAUGAUACCCUUGCAUUGUUUGACAGUGGUUAAGCCCCAUGGUGCAAGCGAAGUGUCCGGUUGAGAAGAGAGUAGCAGCGGUAGACGAAGGAGGGAAGGAAGGAGAAGCUGUCUUGAUAUUAGAAGGGUGGUCCUGUGAGUCGACCCUGCUACGACUAUUAUUUAUUAAAAUGCUUUCGUCAGAAGCACAUGUCAGGCGUCAACGUUGCGACAGUGAAAAUAAAUCAUGUAAUUGAGCACAGAUAACACAGAUGAGGCAAAAGACCUGAAAG